GGUUCUACAUAAAUCCAGACUUUUGACCAGGAAUUAGAAUAUACAAUGAAAAAGAAGAAAUUUCUGCCAUCAUUGCUGUGUAUACUGCAAUUUAUCAUUGCUAAAUGUUCAGGACUGUGUCCUUCAGAUAUCAGCUGUGGUUGGAAGUCACAAUGUGUGAAUGGCAGCUGUCAGUGUUCACUUGGUUAUGUUCUACACUCCAACCAACAAGACUGCCAAAACGUGAGUUGUUCACAGCAGGACUGUUUAGAAUGUGGUGCAAACAGAUGCAGCAGGUGCACAAAUUUUCUGGAUGAUCAAACACUGAGCUGUUUGGAAAAGUGCAAUGGACAAGCUCAGAAAUUACAACUUCCUCACCUCCAAGGAAAUGUUUGUAAAAGAUAUGAAAAUGACAGUGAUAAGAUUGAUUUGAUCAUUGGUGUGGUGGCAGGAGUGACAGUGGGGGUUUUUCUUUGUGUUAUGGUGGGCCUUAUAUUUUAUUGUCAGAUAAAGAGAACAAGGAAAAAAAUAAAUCUGCACCAGAAACACUAUAAGGCAGAAAAUAUGCAGUCUGGGACUCAUACCACGAUACCUCUUUAUGACAAUAAAGGAUUUGAGCCAGAUUCAGACAUAUUACGGAAGAGUGUUGUGGAUAAAGAGGUUUAUUUUGCUGAGCUGGACAAACUAAGGCCACAGGCUCCGUCAUUACUGGCCCUACUUAACAACAUCAGACAGAAGCUAAGAGCUAUGGAUCCCCAGGACACUAGGGUUUCUACUUACAAAGGUGUCAUCCAUCAGAUGUGUCGAGUGCUUGUAUUGGUCCAUAAGAAAGACCCGGGGGUCAGCAUUCCCUCUGAUGCAUUGGGUCUGAUAGAAUGGGCCAAACAGAUGUUGGAAGAUAAUCAGAUUGGAAGUCAGGAGCAGAAUGGAUCUGGUGAUUCAGCAGAGGCAGCAGGGAGCAAGAUCUCAUACAUAGAUGUCCCAGAAAAAAGGCAGAACCAUCAGUAUGCUGUUCCUAAUGUCACACGAGCAGAGAGUGACAGCAACAUUGCCUCUCAAGCCAGUUAUUACAGCAGUGCACCAGUCCCUGUCGAAUAUCACAGUCACACGCUGCCUUCUUAUGCCAAAAUACGCAAUUCUGUUUCAACAUUACUGCCAGAUAAAAGUAGAAACAGGAACGAAAGUGUCAAAAAAUCCACACAAAAUACUGUGAUCAGUUCCAAAAGUAAUGAUUUCUCAUCAGGCUAUUUUAGAAAUGGUCAUUAUUAUGAUCCUGGUCCGAAUCCAGACAUCUAUGCUCCUGCUAGUUCGUACAGUGAUCGUAGCACAAAGUUGUUGUCAACAUUUCAGUCUGACAUUAGAAGGACACCGUCCAUUUCUUCUUCUGUGUCUUCAGCUGGUGGGGUGACCAGAGAUGAAGCUGAUGAUGAAAGUGUAAACCAUGACCCACUUCCAUUUGAUCCUAAAGAUGCCACAGAGCCUGUAGAAGUAUAACAUUCUACAUCCAGUUCUUGAUAAAAAUGUUUACUUCCCCCCCCUCAUUAUGAGGAUUUAUUUUAUUAUUUUUGUCCAAAAAAAUUUACAGAUUUAGUUCAUGAUUUUUUUUUUAUUUAUUUGAUGGUACUUACUUUACAUCAAUUUGACAAGGUGUGAGUGUAUUUGAUCUACAUAAACGUGUUUCUCUCUAAAUCACCUUUAACAAUCCACUAUAUCAGGUAAUCCAUUCCAAGUUCAUAUCUUGUUGGGUAUUUAUAGAUUUUGCAUUUUUUUAAAUAUACAUUUCCCCCUUAUUUUUUGCAAUAUGGUUGUGAUUUAUCAAGUUUGUUUUAUUCUGGUACCCUAUUGUACAUUGAUUAUUUAUAUUUGUUUUUACAAGCAUUUAUUAAUUCUUUGUU